AUGCGUUUUGGAAUCACUGUCAGUUUUGCUACCUUGGCCAUCGUUUUGGCUACUAAUCAACAGGUAGAUAAUAACGCUGCUCAUAACUCCUUGUUAACUCGUCAAAGCAAGUCUCCCGCAAGUGGUGCUGGUGGUUCUGACGCCAAGCUUCAAGGUGAUCCCAAGACUUGUUCCUCGCUCAUCAAGAUGAUUGAAGGUUGUAAAUCGGGCGGUGGAGCUGCUCCCAAGACUCGUCGUCAUCUUUCUGAAUCUGGUUCUAAUGACUAUCCUUUGACUCGUCGAGCUCCUCCGGGAGGCGACAGCAAGGCUGGAGCAGGAGCUUCUGCCUCGGAUUCAUGCUCAAAAUUGGCGGCAAUGGCUAAUAAAAAGCCGCAAGGAUCAGGUUCGCCGCCUAAACCUAAAGGUCCAUCGUCGACACCUCCGGCCGCUUCGACCACAGCUGCUCCAAGUCGUCGUGAUCUGAUUCACAAUGUCGAGCAUAAUUCCUUGUCCACUCGUCAAAACAAGCCUCCCUCGAGUGGUGGUGGUGGUGAUGGCAAGCUUACAGGUGAUCCCAAGACAUGUUCCUCGCUCAUCAAGAUGGUCGAAGGAUGCAAAUCGGGUGGUGGAGGCGCUCCCAAGACUCGUCGUGAUCUGUCUGGGUCUGAUGACUCCCACUUGACUCGUCGAGCUCCUCAGUCAGGCGACAGCAAGUCUGGAGCAGGAGCUGCUGCCUCGGAUCCAUGUUCAAAGCUGGCUGCGAUGGCUAAUAAAAAGCCGCCAGGAUCAGGUUCGCCGCCUAAAACUAAAGAUGCAUCAUCGAAACCCCCAGCCGCUGCGACCGAAGCUGCUCCUAGUCGUCGUGAUCUGAUUCAUAAUGUCGAGCAUAACUCCUUGUCCACCCGUCAAAACAAGGCUCCUGCAAGCUCAGGCUCAAGUGGUAGUCCUGAUAACAAGCUUCAAGGCGAUUCCAAGUUGUGUGCCGCGAUCAUCAAGAUGAUCGAAGGUAACAAAUCAGGUGCUGGAGGUCCUACUGCCUCUCCCAAGACUCGUCGCGCUCUUUCUGGGUCCGAUAGCUCUUCUCUGGUCCGACGAGCUCCUCCUUCUGGAGACAAUAGCAAGACUGGCACAGCAGCCACUGAUGCUGAUGCAUGUGCAAAAUUACAGGCUAUGGCUAAGAAGGCACAGGGAUCAGGUUCGAGUCCACCAAACGCGCCUAAACCCAAGCCUGGGUCGACCACCACCUCGUCCGCUCCACCCAACGCUUCGCCUAAAGCUGCUCCUAGUCGUUCCUAG